AUGACGCAAACUAACGUGAAAACCAAAGUUAAGCGACCCAUGAGGCGUGUAGCCAAAAAUUCUGGCGGUACCAGCGGUAGUGUUGCGGUGUCCAUGCAAGUGGCGUACGAAUGGUAUUUCAAGGAGGACGAUGGGUCGUGGGUUAAGUUUGGCUCCAAAGGAGUUGCUUCCAGUUCAUCGUCCUAUAACUGUGGAUCAACAGAGGUGUUCACUCAAAACCUCUAUGAACAAACAUGUUCUACUACUUGUCUUGAAGUAAACCAUGCUGAAUACGCCAAAGUUCACGCUCUUCUCAGGGCCGAAAUUCCAAACUGCUACAUCAGAAGCCUCUAUAAGGUCACCAACCCAUACUUUAGAGCAAUUUUUGAUAUUAGGAAGGCUCAUCUACAGCGUAAAUAUCCAGGCGUUGUUUAUAGAGAAGAAGAUCUCUUCUACGCGACAAGCUCCAUCAAACAUGGGAAACCUUCUCAUGUCAGCGUGAGCAUCUCACUAUGUGGACUUGAAGUUCUAUUUCUACUAAACAAAAUGGGGAGUUCAAACGGAAAAGAAUUGCCGGCCUCUCCGCUUGAUAUUUGUGAAGACUUUCUGACGAAUUCAUGCACGAAUAAUAAGGAGACGUGCACCAAAGUUCACACAAAAUUCCCGUUCCUCUGGCAAAUCGAGAUGGAGGAAAACUGGCAUAACUUUCCUGAACUCCACAACAAGGAACUUGAGCGGGAGUUUAGAGUUCCUGAAUCUGAUGGUGUCCAACUCCCUGCCGUCCACCCGAUAAACAAUGAGCAAUAUUCCGUCACCAAUAAUGUUUGGUACGCAGAUUUCGAGAAGAUGACGGUUGACGGCGAUGGCCAACACUUCAAGAUAAGACGUUUGUCGACUGAAUCAAGUGCCGCAAAGAAAACCACUUUCAGUACCGACUACGGAUGGUUCUUCAAAGACAAUCUAUGUCAGUGGAUACUUUACGGACAUGUUGGGCUGCCUGAGCAGAAAAACGAUUCAAAUUCUUACGCUCACAUACCAAUGUCGUCAUCAGACGAUAUCGAGCAGCAGUUUUCGGUGAAGGGCUUGAAAACUUUCUCAACUUGUAGUGCCGCAUACGCGUACAAGCUAGAUUUAGAGAAAAUGACCCAAACUAACCAAGAAACUGAGACCACCCGACCCUUGAGACGACGUCCCAAAGCUGGGACACUUAAUCCUGGUUUAGGUCCCGUUGGAGAUUAUACCCCUUCACCAAUGGGAACUUCUGACGUGACUGGUGGGGCGACUGGUUCAUCAUCUAAUCCAGGCACAACCAAUCUAUUCACUGAAAUCCCCUUUGGACAAACGAGUAACGCGACACCCCUUGGAGCAAACCACGCUGAGUACAAAAAAGUUCUAAAACUCUUGAAACCUACCUUGCCUAACUGUAACCUCAGCAGCAUAUUCAAAAUCCGCAACCUUUACCUAGAAACCGUGUUUAAAAACAGGAAGAUUUACCUACAAAGUCAAUAUCCAAGUGUUAAGUACAAGGAAGAAUACCUCUUCCAUGGUACAAAACCUGCUAACGUCGAAGCCAUCCUUGAAGAAAACAUCGAUUGGAGACUUCAUGGAUCCAACGUAGGACAAAUCCACGGAAGAGGAGCUUAUUUCUCAAACAAGUACGAAGAUUCAAGCCAAAGCGGCCCAGUGGUUAUAGCUCAGAGUAUCAGGAUUGGAGCAGAGAAGUGCAGGUUCGAUUCCAGCUACGUGCGAAAGUUCUGCGCAAAAACAUCCCGCUGCUACGGGGAGGUCAUCUUCGUUUGCAAGGUUCUUGUUGGUCUCACCGCCCGCGGCGACUCUUUUACCGUCAAGCCUCCGAAAGACGGAUCCAAUCGGCUUGUUGACACAACAGUUGAUGAUGUUGCCAACCCGACCAUCUUCGUCAAGUAUGAUACUCAGGAGUACUACCCUGAGUACUACAUUGAAGUUGAAUUCAAGGUAUAA